CACGCCGGACCACGCACGGUUAAACGACCCAGCAAAGCCGGGCUGUUCCUCGCUGCAUCCCCCAACCUUCCUCCCCGGAUUCCUGCCUACAUCGUGGUGCCCCGGACAGCCCCGCAGUGUAAGCAAGAUGCCAUCCGUGCCUAUGGUGCCAAUCUGGUGCCGUGUGACCCCAGUGACAAGAGCCGAGACAGCAUCCAGUGUAGUCCAGGAGACAGGAGGAGUCCUGGUGCACCCCAACCAGGAGCCGGCGGUGAUCGCAGGGCAAGGCACCAUUGCCCUGGAGGUGCUGGAGCAGGCACCCUAUGUAAAUGCGGUGGUGGUUCCUGUCGGAGGCGGAGGAAUGGUUGCAGGAAUAGCAGUCGCCAUCAAGGCUUUGAGGCCAGAUGUGAAAGUGUUUGCUGCUGAGCCAAGCAAUGUGGAUGACUGUUACCAGUCCAAGGUCCGAGGGGAGCUGACCCCCAACCUCCACCCGCGAGAUACCAUUGCAGACGCAGUAAAAACCAGCAUCGGGCCCAACACGUGGCACAUCAUCAGGGAUUUGGUUGAUGAUGUCCUGACAGUCUCAGAGGAAGAAAUCAAGCGAGCCACGUGGCUGGUGUGGGAAAGGAUGAAGCUGCUGAUUGAGCCAACAGCAGGCGUGGGACUGGCGGCUGUGCUCUCGGAGCGGUUCCAGGCCGUCCCCUGGGACGUGCAGAACAUUUGCAUCGUGCUGUGUGGGGGAAAUGUGGACCUGAGAUCCCUGACCUGGCUCACAGACCUCUCUGGGAAAGCAGAAUGAGUAUGGAGGGGCGUUUUAAGGAAUGAAAAUCUCACUCUGAAUUUGUGCAGUGGUUUGUGCGCUACUAAAAACAGAUCAAGCCCAAA